ACGCCGACGACGCCGACGACGACGACGACGACGACGAACGUGGUUCCGAAAGCAGUCUCGCGCAAGUUAACGAGAACGGGGAACAUCGCGGUGUGCGCGCGAGAUCAUCGUACGCGCCGUCGUGCCGUCGUUGUUGCCACGUUGCGUAUCGAGCUGUUCGAGCUUGACGUCGAGCGCCGACGGAGAUAAAUAUCACGGGACGCCUCGCAUCGCGGCAAAAUGUCCAGCGUCAAGGUCAUAGAGAAUCCAGAAGUGCCGGGACUCGAAUGCUUCCUGCCGCCGCCGCCGCCGCCGCCACCGCCGCCACCGCCGCCACCGCCGCCGCCGCCGCCUCCGCCGCCGUCGUCGUCGUUGAACAAAUUAUCGGGCAAUAAUGUGUCCGCAACAACGAAGCAGCAGCAGCAACAGCAGCAGCAGCAGCAGCAGCAGCAGCAGCAGCAGCAGCAGCAGCAACGAUCGGCGGCAAUGAGCAACAACGCGAUGACCACGGGGACGGGGGUGCCGCCAUCCGCGCCGGACGGCGCGAUGCCGCCGAAUCUCAGCGGCACCACGUACCCUAGUGUACCCGUGCCAACCCCCUAUAUCUCUGCGUUUCCAGCGGUACAACCGCAAACCCCCGGCCAGCCGGCAGCUACCCCCUGGUGGAUGCCCACCGACAGCGACACAUCCGACAUGUACACUCAGUGGUAUGACUCGACGUACAAGGGUGCUACCGCGAUACCACCCGCUACGCAGGCCAUGGCGAAGAGUAAGAACAAAUAUUACAAACGCAAGAACGAAUUUAUCGACCCCGCGCAGGAUGCAGAGAAAGUGGCGAGCGCUCAGAGGGAGUUGUCGACACUGAUGAAACCACUAAAGUGUGACCUGUGCAAUGCAGUCAUGAAUUCGACGUUACAAGCGAAAUUACACUAUGACGGUAAGCCGCAUCAGAAGAAGGUGUCGAUGUUCCUCAAUCAGAGCGUUAAAAAGCAAAAGACAGAGGACGGCCAAGUGAGCAGCACGACCAAUAACGACUGGCAAAACUACUGUGAUAUAUGCAAAACGUGGUUCACGUCGCAGACAGACGCUACGCAACACUACGCAGGCAAAAAGCACAUUAGAGCGGCGAAUGGUGGACCCCGCAGGCCAUCGAAGAAACCGCCAUCGCAGAAUCAGUACAAUCAGGUCGACUCGACCGGACGCUUCGGGAUAGGAAUGGCUUUCCAGACGGACGCGCAGACCGCGCCGACGGUGACACCGGUGAUACCGGACGUCACCGCGCCGGUGCAAAAUGCGGUCGCGCCUACCAUGUACGCGUCGUCGCCAUAUUCCACGCUGUUGCGUUGCGACUUGUGCGGAGUCUCAGCUAAUCGGCAGGAUCAACUGGAAACGCACAAGCGCGGAGCCCGACAUUUGAGAAUGCUGCGGCUUAAUGGACUUCCUGUGCCUGAAUCUGCCGCUGAAAACGAGAACACGACCAGCGCCGUUGAACCCAUAGAUUAUUCAAUUUAUCGGACUCCAUCGGGGCAGUAUUAUUGCGCACCGUGCAACCUGUCGUUGAACUCGGAGACCACGUUCGCUCAGCACGUCGAGAGCAAGAAACACAAAAAUCAGUCCAAUCCGAAGUUACCAAAUGCCGUGGUAGUCGCGAAGAAAGCCAGAUUCAAGAAAAAAUAAAACCGCGACUGCGCCAUUACGCUUUGUGCAACGACACGGA